AUGCCGAUAUCGAAGAAAUGUUGCAGUUCUCCAACUUGUCAAAAAUUAGAUGAUGAUUUUAUGGUAAGUUGUGAUAAAUGUUUUCGAUGGUGGCACUAUUCUUGCCAUGGUUUUGAUCCUGAUCGCUAUGACACUAAUACCCCUUGGUACUGUGGGGAAAGUGAUUGUGUUGCUAAAAAAGCCACAUCAGGAAAUCCCGAACAAGAAGAAGAACAAAGCCCUCAUUUGUCAGAUUCUUUGAAACAGUUGGACAUGUUUAUGGAAGCUGCCAUUGUUGCUCAAUCUGCAGCUUCUCGAAAAGACAAAGAAAUUGAAGCUUUGCGUAUAGAACUUGAAGAAAUGAAGGUGAAACUUUCUGCAUAUGUACCACCACCAUGUGUAUCUCCAGCUAAUGUUCAAAAGGACAAUGAUAGGUUGGAAAUCUUAAAAAAGAUUCAGCAAAAUCAUCAGGCCUUGUUAAACGAUGUUAAUAAAGUUCCUAUUUUCAAAGUUCCACAAUCCACACCGCUAUUUUCUCCUCCUAAUCCUGUCAUAGAGAAUUUCUCUUUUCCUUCAACUUCCAUUCAAGGUCAGGAAAUGGCUACGCUGCUCACUAUCCUGAAUCGGAAUAAUGUUCAAGAGCUUCCGACAUUUUCUGGCGAAAAUAGGCGUGAAUGGCCUUAUUUUGAAGAGGUGUUCAAGUCUACGACUAUUGAAGGAAAAUUCAGCGACAAAGAAAACGUUUCUCGACUGCGAAAGGCCUUAAAAGGAGAAGCGUACCAAUUGGUAUGUGAUCGUUUAAAGUAUUCAUCGGACGCCGACGCAAUUAUGAAUUCCCUUCGUGCCAUUUUUGGACGAUGUGAUGUCCUGGUUCACGAUCUAACCACGGAUUUAUUGAAUCUCCCCAAGUUAGCUUCGAAGAGUGAUCCGAAAAUUCGUCUGUGGGCAGUGAAGGUGAAUGGUUACGUCGCGGAUGUCAGGUCCAUGAAUAGAGAAGAAGAUCUCACCAAUGGGUACGUGAUGACCAAUUUAGCCUGUAAGCUAGGUGCAGGCUUAUACCAAGAGUGGCAAAAGAAGAAAGCUGGUUUCUUCAAUGCAAAUUUCGUUCAAUUUGCCGAAUUUUUAAAUGAAAAGGUUAUCGAUUUGCCACCUGAUUUAAUGAAGCCAACAACUAGUGCAAAUUUUGAAACUAAGAAAAACCAAGGUUCAGCGAAAUCUUCAAAACAAGUUUUAACUCAUCAAGCACAAUCUUCAGUUUCUGCCGUUCAAAUCUUGUGUAAGAAAUGUACAAAGAAACAACAUCCACUCCACGAAUGUGUCAGUUUUAAGGACUCAUCAGAAUCGGAGAGACUCGCCUUUGUUAAAGAGAAUUUUAUUUGUUUUACUUGUUUGGAUUCUACAAAGCACAAUUGGAGGGUUUGCGCCAAGAAGAGAACUUGUGGUUUAAAUGGUUGCUCUGGUCGUCAUCACCCUUUAUUGCAUCAAUCCAAAGAAAUCAAUUCAGAUCUUAAUACAUCUGCUGCGCCGUUUUGUCCACAGCCACACAUUCAUUCAUCUCAUGCUCGCUCGAAUACUUCAGUACUGUUUAAGAUUGCACCAAUUCGACUUCAUGGUAGAGACAACCGUUUUGUGGACACCUUCGCUUUUCUCGAUGAUGGUUCAUCCUUAACGAUGCUUGAAAAGGAUCUCUUUGAUGACUUGCAUCUUGACGGUGUUUCAGAAGACUUGACUCUCCAAUGGACGAAAGGUGUAACACGUAAGGAAAAAUCUUUGAGAACAAGCUUAGAAGUAUCUGAUGUCAAAAAUCCGAAACGCCAUAUUUUGAAGAAUGUGUUCACUGUCAAAGAUUUGGACUUGCCAUGCCAAUCGAUAGAUGUUAAUUAUCUUAAAAGCAAGUAUCCUCAUCUACGUGGACUUCCUUUGGGGGAUUUAGUUGAUGCCAAGCCUAAGAUUUUGAUUGGCCUCGAUCAAGCAAAGUUCCUUUUGGGUCAACGUCAACGUCACGGAAACGACCAAGAACCCUGUGCGCUGAAAACGCGGCUCGGAUGGAUCGUUUUUGGCAGUGGUUAUGUCUCGCAUCCACACGUUUCUUGUGUUCACAAUGUUCCUCGACCAAAAAUGAAAUUCUAUUUUCACGAUGCAAUCAAACCUGAAGAGAGCUUACACGAUCUAGUGAAACAGCAUUUUUCAACGGAAGAGUUCGGAGUGAAGCCACCAAAGGGAGAUUUUGUGAGUCGUGAAGAAAAAAGAGCUAUAGACAUAAUGGAAUCUUCCAUCAAGCUAGUGGAUGGUCAGUAUGAAAUCGGCCUCUUAUGGAACUCUGACAAUGUAAAAUUACCAGAUAGUUAUCCGAUGGCUUUCAGAAGACUUGUCAGUUUCGAAAAGUCCUUGAAAAGGAAACCACACUUACUAGAAUGGCAAAACAAUCACAUGCGAACAUUGUUAGAAAAGGGUUACGCCAGAAUCGCUUCGGAGCAAGAGUUAUCAAUAAAGUGGCCUCGAGUUUGGUACACACCCACUUUUAUUGUAGAAAAUCCCAAUAAACUCCCAAUAAAACCAAGAUGUGUAUGUGACGUGGCUGCUAAGGUUGAUGGGGUUUCACUCAACACUUUUCUCCUAAAAGGACCUGACAACCUUGUGCCUCUCCAUGCUGGUCUAUUUAAAUUCCGUGAGCGUAAAGUUGCUGUUAAUGCUGAUGUCAAAGAAAUGUUCCACCAAAUUAAGAUUAAAAAGGAAGACCAGCAAUGUCAAAGAAUACUUUGGAGAGAUGGUGACAUUUCAAGAAAGCCAUUGGUUUACAUAAUGCAAGUUAUGAUGUUCGGCCCUCGAUGUUCACCCACAUGUGCACAGUUCGUCAAAAACCAUCAUGCUAACCUUUUUAAAGAAGAAUGUCCGGAAGCUGUGGAUGGUUUGACAAAAAGAACAUAUGUUGAUGAUUAUUUUGACAGCCACAACACAGUUGAAGAAGCAGUCUCAGUGACCAGAGAUGCCAUACGAAUUUGCAAAUCCAUGCAUUUUGAUCUAGUUUCUAUACAAUCUAAUAGCUUUGAACUUCUCUCUCAGAUGCCAGAAACUCAAGUCAAAACUAAAUUAGUCAGCAUCGAUCCAAACGAAUGCGAGGGUUAUAUCGCAAAGGUCUUAGGAAUGGUUUGGCAACCUUCUUCCGAUUGUUUUCUUUACAGACUUGCCGAAGAUGACGAUUUAAAGGAGAUGGUCUUAUCAUCCAAUGCCAUCACAAAAAGGCGUAUUCUUCGUGCGAUUAUGCGAGUGUUCGAUCCGUUGGGCCUUAUUUCAAUCUACAUCAUCAGAGGUAGAAUCAUUCUUCAAGAAGUUUGGCGAGAGGGUUUUGACUGGGACGAGCCAAUCUCAUCCGAAUUGCAAACCAAAUGGUUAAUUUUUAUCAAUGAGCUGAAGAACAUUGAAAGACUCCGAAUUCCACGUCGAUACAUCUCUUUGAAUCCUGACGAUUGCAAGGUAAGCCUUAUUACUUUUGUCGAUGCAUCAGAAAAGGCUUUUGCUGCUGUAGCCUAUUUUCGCUUUGAAUGUUAUGAAAAGGUAGAAGUAUCGCAAGUUAUGGCUAAGGCUAAAGUUGCACCUGUAAAGCAAUUGACUAUUCCAAGGUUAGAGUUACAAGCUGCUGUCCUUGGAGUCCGUUUGGUAUCUACAAUAAAGCAAUCGCAUACGAUAAAAAUUGAUGAAGAGUUGUUUUUAUCAGAUUCGACUACAGUUCUCUCUUGGAUACAUUCAACAACAUUCAAAUUUCCUACCUUUGUUGCAUCUCGUGUAGGAGAGAUCCUUGAUUCUUCAUCUCCACGACAGUGGUAUCAUGUCCGUUCAAUUGACAAUGUUGCUGAUGAUGGAACAAAAUGGUUUGAUGAAUCCAUGGGAGAUCAACUUACAAGGUGGUUUGUUGGUCCAGAUUUUCUUAAGAAAGAAUUUUCGGAAUGGCCUAUUAAACCUUACACUCAACAAGAACAAGAAUCAGCAGAAAUCGUUUCGGUGCACACUAGACCUGAAUUGCCUUCGUUUGAUGUCUACAACAGCCUGAGUGCAAGAUUGAAAGCAAAAUGGUCUUCCUCUGUUCGAGUUAUCGCUUUUUUGCUCAGAUUCAAAGAUGUCAUUAAGAAAAUUCCGUUCGAAAAACAAGUCUUCAUAACGCCAACUGAAUACACCCGUGCUGAAAAUUGGCUUUUUCGAAAAAUACAGUGUGAAGCCUUUCCCGAAGACUUAUUAUCUCUUCAAAAGAAUGGAAGGGUAUUUUCAAGAAGCUCCAUCCUUAGUUUGUCACCGUUUUUAGACGAAGAAGGAACAAUUCGAAUGCGUUCGCGAGCCCAAAAAGCCAAUUGUUCGUAUGCUUCAAGAAAUCCAGCCAUUCUUCCGAAUAAUCAUCCAUUGGUAGAUGUUCUCAUACAACAUCAUCACGACCUUAAUUUUCACAUGGGAACAGCAACAACUAUAUCAGACAUCCGAGAUCGUGCAUGGAUUAUAUUCAUUCGAAAAGCAAUCGAUAGGGUGAGAUCUAAGUGCUUUGAAUGCAAGCGGCUCAAAGCCAAACCUGUCAUGCCACUUAUGGGACAAUUACCAGAAGCUCGUUUGGCGUUUGACUCAAGACCUUUUACUCACGUUGGAGUCGAUUGUUUUGGCCCCUUAUUGGUUAAGUUCGGGCGUGGCACAGUGAAAAGAUACGGUAUGAUUUUUACGUGUCUUACUUACAGAGCUGUGCAAAUUGAGCUUCUUAACGAUCUCAGUUUAGACCAAUGUAUAAUGGCUGUCCGUCGUUUUGUCAUCAACCGAGUGGUAACUCGAUUUUUGUACAGUGACAAUGGUCUUAAUUUCGUUGGGGCUAAGAACAUGAUGGACAAGGAUGUCAAAGAGAUGCAGUAUAAACUAGGCGAAUAUUCUGUGAACUAUGAAAACGUUCUUUGGCGUUUUAUCCCAGCUUAUUCUCCGUGGAUGGGAGGUUCAUGGGAGCGGCUAAUUCAAUCAAUUAAGAAGAGUGUCAAUUAUAUUUUAAAAUCUACAAUACCACGUGAAGAUGUUUUAAGAAAUGCACUUAUGGAAGCCCAAUCCCAGAUAAAUCGACGCCCCUUAACUCAUUUGCCUGUAGACCCUGAAGAUCCGAAACCAUUAACCCCAAAUAUGAUGCUUUUCGGUGAAGAAGAUAAAGAUGUGACCGCCCCUGGUGUUUUCACUGAAAAUGAUGUUUGUAGCAGACUUUAUAGCAGAAGAGCUCAGCAUUUGACGUCAUCACUUGUCAAGCGUUGGUACAAAGAAUAUCUACCUGACAUUAUAAGAAGAAAGAAGUGGUACAAAAAUACUAAAGAUGUAGAAGUAGAUGACCUAGUCAUUUUGGUUGAACCAGAUGAAUCUCGAUCACUUUGGAAACUAGGUCGUGUAAUGAAAGUUUACCCAGGUCCAGAUACUAUUGUACGAGUUGUAGAUGUUAAACUAUCGAAUGGUUCAAUUAAAUCAAAGAGAUCCGUAGGAAGGCUUGCUGUUUUGGACUUAAAGUCUUCAACGUAG